AUGCGCGCCGCCGCCGUGGGCGGCGCCGGCGGCGCGCCCGCGGCCUUCACUGCAAUGAUGGAAACCCACAAAGACUUCGAGGAAGCUCUCGACUUAGUCUUUGACGGGCCUGCAGAUGUUCUUGUGGGCACUCGACCAGAUCUCCGCAGCCGCCACCCGCAGCGGGAAAGCCCCUCCCCAGGCCAACGGGAUAACAGUUCAAAAUGUGGGCGCGAGCACAAGAGCCCAGCUGUGGGCGUUUGCCCCCGUGAGUUAACUUCAAGACCUUUUUUUUUCAUAGUUAAGAGCCCCGCUGCUGCUCCUGCUGCUGCUGCUGCUGCAGCUCUGCUUCGAAAGGACCUACAGCCCCAACGCCGGCAAGAUCUUCGUGAAAGGACCUUUUAA